ACUCUGUCCUCCACCUACUCCUCCAACCUUCUCUGCGACAACCAAAAAAAAAAAAAGUUAUGGCAGAAACAAAACAAAAUGUUAUACUCUUUCCAUUUAUGGCCCAAGGCCACAUAAUUCCCUUCCUCGCCUUGGCUCUUCACAUUCAGAAAACCAGAAAAAACUGCACCAUAACUUUCGUCAACACCCCUUUAAACAUCAAGAAACUCCGCUCAUCUCUCCCUAAAAGCUCCCCCAUUAACUUUGUUGAAAUCCCUUUCAACAGUUCGCUUCACGGCCUCCCGCCGGACUCCGAGAACUGCGACGCUCUCCCUUACUCUCUCAUCAUUCAACUCCUGAGAGCUUCGGCUUCUUUAAAGCCUGCUUUCAGAGAGCUAAUAAACGAUCUUAUUUGCAGGAACAAUGGCGCCGACGCCCCGCUUUGCAUAAUUGCAGAUAUCUUUUUCGGAUGGACAGCCGGUGUCGCUCAGGAAUUCAAUGUGUUUCACGCCAUUUUUAGUGGCGCUGGAGGAUUCGGCUUGGCUUGUUAUUACUCUGUGUGGAGAAAUCUUCCGCAUAAAAAAGGUGAAUCGGAGGAUUUUUUGUUGCCGGAUUUUGAAGAAGCCGGAAAAAUUCAGAAGACACAAUUGGCUUUAAGUAUGCUUCAAGCUGAUGGCUCUGAUCCUUGGUCUCUUUUCCAGGGGGGAAAUUUACCAGAAUAUGUGAAUUCAAAUGGGAUUUUGUUCAACACUGUUGAAGAAUUCGACAAGCUCGGAUUGAAGUAUUUUAACAGAAAAUUAAACAGGCCAGUUUGGGCAAUUGGGCCAAUUUUAUUAUCACUAGACAAUAGAGCACAAGCUGGAAAAGACAAAGAAUCCGGAAUCAGUUCAGAAUUCUGCAAAGAAUGGUUAGAUUCAAAGCCUGAAAAAUCAGUAUUGUACAUUUCAUUUGGGUCAAUGAACGUAAUCAGCUUGUCACAUAUGAAAGAACUGGCCAUGGCUUUGGAAGCAAGUGAAAAAAAUUUCAUCUGGGUUGUUAGGCCACCAAUUGGUUUUGACAUAAAUUCAGAAUUCAGAGGCCAAGAAUGGCUGCCUGAAGGGUUUGAAGAGAGGGUGAUUUUGGGUUCAAAAAGAGGUCUUUUGGUGAAGAAAUGGGCACCCCAAGUGGAGAUUUUGUCACAUAAAGCGAUAGGUGGAUUUUUGAGCCAUUGUGGGUGGAACUCUGUGCUUGAAGCUUUGAUUCACGGGGUGCCGAUUCUGGGGUGGCCGAUGGCGGCCGAGCAGUUUUUUAAUGUGAAAUUUUUAGAGGAGGAGAUGGGGAUUUGUGUGGAGGUGGCGAGAGGGAAGACUUGUGAAUUGAGACAUGAAGAUAUAGAGGCAAAGAUUGAGAUGGUGAUGAGUGUGAAAAGUAAGAAGGGGAUUGAAAUUAGAAGAAAUGUUGGUAAAGUCAGGGAGAUGAUAAAGAAUGCCAUGAGAGAUGAAGAGUACAAGGGAUCUUCAGUGAAAGCCAUGGAUGAAUUUUUCAAUGCUGCAUUGUCAAUGAAAGAGAAGAACAAGAGAAAACUCAUCAAUGGAGCUUGAGCUAGCUAAUAAUUAAUUAUCACUUCAGCUAAAAAAUUCUAAAGUAGAAAAUAAGAAGCCAAUAGAGAUCAGUAUUUGAAUUCAAACUUAUGAUUAAUAAGAGGCCGUCUUUUUCAA